GAUGCUCCGCCAUUUGCUGUGCGUGGUAAUCCUUCUGACCAUUUGCUUCACCUUUAGCCAGGCGGAGUGCAAUGCGUGUUCCUCGUACACCAAGGCGGCCUGUGUGUCUAGGAACCAGUACCAAAACUGUACAAAUGGCAUUCCAAUGGGACCCAUUUACACCUGUUCGAAUAAUACCAAUUGCACUGCUUCCGUUGAACUGUGCACCUCAAAUGAGGCCUUGAUCGCCUGUUCGGAAUGCGCCAAGUGCAAUGGCACUCAGCUGUUCACCUGUACAAGUCCCAGCACCUUCGCCGCGUGUUCAGGUGUGAAUGUGAUGAGCAUGGAGUACAGUUGCACCCAGGGACAGGUGUGCAACAUCAAUAAUCCGAUCAUUUGUGGAGCACCCUUGAAUGGCACGGGUGCCACCUGCUCGUAUUACGAUACUCCGACGGAAAUUGAUAGCUUUUGCAGCCUGAAAGCCUCCACAGGACGCUAUGCUUAUCCCAAUGACUUUAGCUGCCUCCGAUAUAUCUACUGUGUUCGCAAAUCUACCGGCUGGACUGGAAAUGCCUGGCUGUGUCCUUCCACAAAACCUUAUUUUAAUCCCAGCACCCUGGCUUGUACUAACACCAAACCUUAUUCCUGUACUUGAUUUUCACUUGUGUAAUUAUUUGCCUAAAUUUAUUUAACUGAAAUUGCAAUCUUAUCUCUUGUUAAACACAACAUGUAAAAUGAAUAUAUCAUACUUGUUUACAGUUUCGUACGUCAUUAUCUUUACGAUUUCGCACUUCUGUCGUGAUCUGUGAGCGGCACGUAAUAAAAAUAAAAAGAGUUAAUUA